AUGGAUUCUAGUUCUUCUGAAUCAGAAGAAGAGAGACGUGAAGGGGGAGAAGGAGCAGAAGAAGCAGCAGAAGAAGUAGCAGAAGAAGUAGCAGAAGAAAUCAAAAAUAAAGAUAUAACUAUUGAGGGAUUAAAUUUACCUGAUAGGACGUCGAUAAAUGCUACGAAAGAUCAAAUCAACAGAUUGGAAGACAAAUUUCAGACGAUGGAACAGAUGAAAUUGGACUUGAGUGGAACAAAUAACAGUAACAAAUUGCAACAGCUGAAUGAAAGUAUUAAUGAAACUCGUGAAGCAUUACUGAAUGAAUAUCUCGGGAAAAUGCUUGGUACGUAUUCAGAUGAUUUAGAUGAAUUAAGAAGCAAAGCAGAUUUCCACGGUGAAAUGUCGCUAAAAUUGAUAGCUAAAUUGUUGAAGGAGAGUGGAAAUGUAUUUGACGAUAGCACUUUGAGUCAGCUCAAGCAAUGA